UUUUCAAAGGUAGUUCACAUUACUAGUCCAUGUGUCAAUGCUGGGUGCAUAACGGUGGUACUGAGAGUAAGGAUUAGAGACAUGUGGAUGGCCCACUUGAGUAGUUGUGUGUGGAUGAUGCUGAGUGGAUAUGUACUGAACUGGUGGUAGCGGUGGCUGGAGAUCAUGGUACCUCACUUCCUGGGAUUUGUCCUCCCAGUAGACUUCAGACACUGAAGGGUCUGAAUAGUAACGUUUACCUGGCUUUUCUACAUCAUCUUCAUACCUGGAAAUUAAAAAUCAUAACCAUAAGCCAAACACAUAUACAGUGGAACAUGGAUUUAGUGUUUCUGGAUUUAGUGUUUCCGAGAAUUGACGCCGAGUGGCGGGGAUUGUAAGAUGCUCAAUCAGACGUCACCAAACAGAGAGAAAAAACAGGAGAGAGACAAAAUAGUUCCGAGAUACUGGAUUUAAUGUCAAGCUCAGCCUCAAAACUGACAUUAAAUUAAGUUUUUGAAGAAUACCAUUUCCAUUUUAAGAAAUAUGGAAUCACACAACAAUUUGGAUCGAGAGGGAAAUGCUGGUCCCUCGAAUAAUGCAAAUUCUUCUUUGGAUGAUGCUGUAGGAAAACUACUGCAAGGAUAUGAUUGGACGUUACUUCCAGUCACCUCACGAGCUGGCGGUCGUCGAAACGCUCACGUAAAGCGACCAAUGAACGCCUUUAUGGUCUGGGCACAAGCUGCAAGAAGAAGACUCGCUGACCAAUAUCCUCAACUGCAUAAUGCUGAAUUAUCAAAAACGCUAGGAAGAUUGUGGAGGAUUUUGAGUGACGUCGAAAAGCAGCCUUUCAUAGAUGAAGCUGAAAGACUGAGAAACGCUCAUAAGAAACUACAUCCCCACUAUAAGUAUCAACCACGUAGAAGGAAACCAAAGCCAGAUGAUCAAGUAAGCCUUCUAACUCCUCGAAGUUCCUUGCCCCUGACAUCAUUAGAAUCUGCCAGCUCAUCCAACUGCAGUUAUAGUAGACUCUACACUGAAAGUUCAAAGACUAGUCCCAGGUAUCAACCCUACGAGCGUCCUAUUGCGCCAUAUGGUAGUGAUUUGCCUUCAAAAUCCUAUCAAGAUUUAUCAAGAGGGACUUAUCCAGAGGCAGCCAAAUGUCCAGUCGAGCACUACAGUAAACCAUACGAAUUAUCAGAAAAAACUUAUCCCGACCCAAAGUACUUGGAGACGUCAUCAAAGUGUCUAGAAAAUGGUCUAAAGUACCCGGAAGUGCAAUCUAAGUCCUAUGACCUAUCAAGGAGCUAUGAACUUCCUAAAUAUCCAGAAACGAAGACCUAUCCUGAAAACUUGAAGUUUCCAGAUGCUAGUAGUCCCUCCAAACCUUAUGCUUGCGUUCAUGGUCAAUAUUAUCCUGCGCCGGAAGGGUAUCCUGUACACGAUGAAAGUGAUUAUCAACCUCAAACGGUACCGCCUCAUUCGUUCUAUCCCUAUAUUUCUCCCCCUAUGACGCAACCACCUUAUUAUAUGGGUCCUCGGUGUUAAUUUAUUUUUGCACACCUUCUGUACAAAACAUUCUUUUUUUAACACAUGCAUGAUUUCAGAACAUUUCGAUGCCAGUUAAGCGGGGCUAAAGUACCGCUUUUCGAGCAUGGUGACGUCAGAAGGUGUAAAAGUGUGCUUUUGCUCCCGAGGGCGCAAAAGUGUGACGUCGGAGUCGAAUAUGAAAAUAUGAUAUGAAUAUGAAAAGUCAGCCUAAAUUACCGAUACAUGACCUGAAAUUUUCGGAAAGUUUGGUUAUUUUAAAUAUUACUAUAAGGGUGAAUGUCAAAUUGGCGGCAAAUUUAGUCCCCGUAAAACAAAAAUGACAAAAAAGUUGUUCUGUUCUUUUGUUUAAAUAAAUACUUUUUAUUAUCAUCUAAAAAAUGGUGAAUUUAAUUUGUUUUAUUUCUAUUCGAACAUCUUUAAUUUUAUAUGCGAAUACCAUAAACUUCAUUAUCGUUCUGUGUCUCAACCUCGAUCUUAAUAUCAAUAACAUUUUCCAAUAUAUCGUUCACUACACGAUUCUAUCUAAUUAAAUUUAUGAUGCAGAAUCCUUUUUUUUUUUAAUUCGGCAUUAAAACUGAGAAAAGCAUUUUUGUUAUUAAAUUACUAAUAAAAAUGUGAUUGCCAGUUUAUUCGCUCAAGUUUGUCUUAGAUUUGACAAUUCCCCAUACAUUGCUAGAAUUUUAUAUAAAUUCCGGGUAACUCACUUAUCUCAAAAUUUUCAACAUUCCGCAUUGAGAAUCGAAUGUGCGUAGAAACCGUUACCGUGUUCCAAUCGUGUCUCUAAACCAUGCAUUUGUUAUAAAAAAUAUAUUAUGCAGCAAGGAAGAGAAGACUUUUCUCUCUUGGUACGUAAUAUAAUAUUACAGGCUUCGAGCUGUCCUGUCACUGUAAUUGUUCUAUAAAAAAAGGAAAAAGCGUGAGUAGGAACUGUUCUAUCACAGUUGACGUGCAAGUGUUACAGAACCACAAUAUAACAGAUCAGUUAAAAUGAACUGAGAAUAAGUACAAUUCAUGUGAAAAUCAGUGACUAUUCACUGAAAUUGCACUGUUUUUUUUAGAAGAAAAUGUUACUGAAAUUCCAGUGACGCUGCCCGAAAAACUUCAGUAACUAAGCAAAAUCCUGGAAUUUUAAUAUUAUUUAAUUCUCAGUGAAAUCUCUGGCCUGAAUUAGUAGAAAACUAAUAAAUAAAAUAGUGCUAAGCUUUUUGCUUAUUGCUUUAGAAAGAACACUUAUGUAAAAUAACUAGAAUUUAAUUUUAAAAUAAUAUAUUUGGACCGUGGGGCCUGUGUUUAUUAAUUAAUGAAAAAUAUGAAUAAAAAUUAAAUUUUAUACAUAUUGUCUGUAUUAAUGGAUGGCAAACUAAAAUUGCACAAGCCACACAAUUAUUGAAUGAAUAAUUCUCUUUAACAUUCAUCCCCAGAUUUUUAAUAUUAUAUUUGUGCGGGCUUUUGAAAAUCUGAACUGAUAAAGUAAUUUUUUGAACUGUAAUCUUUAUUUUAAUUUUACUGAAUGCUUUCAUUUUUUAACGUUAUAUGUUUCUAUUUAUGACAUCAUUCUUGUGAAAAUAGUCGGAACUUUGAAAUAUAAAAGGAUAAAAAAAUCUGAAAAAGGGAAUAUAGAGUAUUUAAAAAAAAAAAUAGAAGAACAAAUAAUACUGAGAAAAAAGGCAAGUAGCGAGAUCGUACAGCAAUUUUCUUUUGUGAGCAGCUUACUAGUAUUAGCAGUUUUCACUUAUCAAUAAGUAGUUUUCUACCAAAUUCAGUUUUAUAGAGUUAUUUUACAGUUUUUAUUUAACUGUCGCUGAAUCACAAUAAUACAUACGUUUUGGAACUCAAAGAAUCCGAACCCGAAUUUGAAAAAGAUUUUUUUUAAACUUGUACAACUUGUUACUCAUAAAAAAUGAAAUUCAACUGCAUAAUAUAGUUUUUUCAAAAUCAAAUUUUCCGAAUUUUUUUAUACAAUUCUGAAAAAAGAUGUUAAAAGAGCACAAAUUCAAAUGUUCUAUUCAAAUGUUGAUAAACUUUAAAAAUUAUAAACCAGGAAAAUGUAUAAAUGUUAAUCUUUUAAUAAUUUUAAUAAUUUUCAAGUAUAGUUUUAGAAGUUUUCGUAGUCUUAGUCGCAAAACAAUAAAAGUUUAGUCUUGGAAAAAAAAUGGAUUAGUUCGAAGUCUACUAUUUAGAAAAAAUGUUUCUGAUAGGAAUUUGGAGGUUUUUAUCGAGACAGAGUAAUUUAAGAGUGUUCGGAAUAUUUUAUAAUAAUUUCAUUAUGUUUUUCUUGAAAUGCCGACAUCAACCUUCGCCAAGUUAAAAAUAAAUUUAUUAGAAGAAAAUU